GCAUUCCCUCUUCCUCUUUCCACUCGGAGUCUUUCUGCCGAUUUUCGAGCAUUUCUCUUCUUCCCCUCGGAGUAUUCCGGCGAUUUGCGUGCUAUCCUCUCUCCCGUUCUUCUACUCGCAGUCCUUGAGCCAGCUCUGCGGCCUGGUCCUCUCGUAUGCAGCGUAUGUCCUCUUCGGGCGUUAUCUCUCCCGCCAGCCGACUCAAACAGCUGCUCUUCCGCAAGUCUCACUCUCAUAGUCGCUUUUGUUUUUCCUCCCAAUCAGCAAAUCUCAGUUCUCGCCUUCUCCUCUUUGUAGAGUCGUGCAGCCAUAACAGAACUUCAUCGGUCCUGAUUUCUUCCUUCCGUCGCUUUCCGGUCUCUUCCGCAGUCCGGCGGAUCUCCGCGAGUCGUUCUCCAGAUGCUAUCGCUUAUCUUCCUAUCACUCUGUACGUAGUUCCUCCGUUUCACGUCUUCCACAACGCGAAGCUGCUCAGCAAAGGCCGGUCGCGCCGGCUCUUCCUCCACUCUACGGGUCUCUGCUUAGGUAGUCUUGCUCGACGCGGCGCUCUUGUGCUAGUCCCUCUUCUUUCUCCCCAGCUGCGAUCUUCCGCUAAUCGCUCUUGGUCGACGGGCUGCUGUGCCUGCGCGUCCGUAGCGAACUUUCAUCAAACCCCUGUUUCGACAACUGGGAUGCGAAGAUACAUGUCGUCUCGCACGCAUUCUCUUCGCUACGACUCGGAAUACAUACUAUCGGUAUCCUUGUCGCUAGAUACACAUCCUUUUUAAUUGAACCACUCUCCAUGGGAGAAACUCCUCUGGAAGAUAGACGGCUAUUCCUCAAAUCCCCAGCAAGGGAGGCUCACGUGACCUUCGUGUUUUAUUCCAGUCAUUCUGCGCCAAAUGUUUUCGAAUGAGGGCAAGCUGAGCACCAUGA